GAAGUCCAGGAGUCACACGGAGUGAGGCGACUGUCCUGCUAUGCUGCUGCACAGUGGUUGGAGCUUCCAUAAAAUGAAGAUCCAAGUAAACAACACAUGAAGAGAGGAGAGGAACUCUAAUCUACUAUGUACCAGGAAGAUUUCAGGAACAUGAAUGAAGGGCUCAGGAACAGCAGUGACUCCUCCUCUGCCUUCGUUCACACCAGCACCAUGAGUGCCAUACUGGUCACCGUCUACUCCGUUGUCUUUGCCGGAGGUGGCAUCGGCUCCAUCGCCAUGUCCUUCGUGCUGCUCAAGAUGAACACUCUGUCUGUGACCACCACUGCCAUCAUCAACCUGGUUGUGGUGCACAGCCUCCUCCUCUUCACGGUGCCCUUCCGCCUCCACUACUAUGUCAAAAAGAAGUGGGUGUUUGACAUGCCAUUUUGCAGGAUGGUGAGCGCCAUGCUGCACAUCCACAUGUACCUGACCUUCGUAUUUUAUGUGAUCACGCUGGUGAUCCGCUGGCUCAUCUUCUUUCAGUGGAAGGACAAGGUGGAGUUCUACAGGAAGCUGCACGCGAUUGCAGCAAGCGCUGCCGUUUGGGUCUUCGUCAUGGUCUUUGGGGUGCCGCUCUUCUACUUCGAAUAUGGGCGCUCAGGCUUUUACAGUAAUACCACGUGCUUCAAGUUCCACAAAGAACUGCAGCAGGACAGUGUAAAAGCUCUGAACUACACUCUAAUUGUAAUUGUCACCUGCAUUUCUUGUGUCCUCUUGGGUUUGCAGAUUUUCAUCCUGGUACAAGUGUCGAGAAAAUUUUCCACCUCCCUCUGUUCACACCAAGAAUUCUGGGCCCAGCUAAAAAAUCUGAUUUUCAUCUGGGUCAUCAUAAUUUGGUUCCUUCCCUAUCACCUCUUUAGGGCCUACUACAUACAGCAUGUGAGUGAUGCUGACCAGUUAGAAAGCUACAAUGAGGUGUUUUUGAGCUUGACUGCCCUUAGCUGCCUGGACCUACUGUCAUUCGUGCUGAGUGGAAGCCGCUUCUUCAAGCAAAAUGUGGAGAUGCUCCAAAGGAGGCUGCCAUGCUGCUAGCAUCAGCCUCCUGGAGUGUGUGCAGGACCUGGGAGAGGACACUGAUGGCAAACUCCCUGUUCAACAGGUCAGGUUGUGCCCUGGACGCAGUACAACACACUCACACAGGGCUCUGCACAUCAGCCUCCUGGAAUAAUGGAACAAACUGUCUCCAGUGUCUCAGCAGUAAAUGGGAAGGUGACCUCAGCAAUCUCCUCAUGGAGCUACCCAGUGGAUGGACCUGGAGAGGAAGGAAGAAAGGUCAGGGGCUCUUCUCUCUUGCUGUUUUUACAUCAAGGUUUUUGAAGUCAAAAGCAGUAAGAAGACACUUGAGAAUCUGCAACGUAGAAACAUGAAUGUUAAAACAGUGUUUUAUGGACUAAGGUACUGAUUUUUGAAACUUAAAGAUCUAUAUAAUUUUCCCAUACAUUUCUUAUUUAUUCCACAUAAGCUCUCAUAAAAUAUCAGGGAAGAUAUUUUUCUUCCUGAGGUCUGUUUCUUUACUGUAAAGACGAGUGUAACUUUCUAAGUGAACUGAAGUAAUUAAACCAGCUAUUUAAAACUAAACCAUUGACAGAGAGUUAUUUCUUGAAAUAUUUUCUCAAAAUCACCUUUUGCAAUGGUAUCACUGCAGCAGAAAAAGAUUUUGUCAUCUUUCUCACAUUAUGAAAAUAUGUCUAAAACAAUUAUACAUCUUUACUGAACUGGACAUUGCAGGAUCAAACAAAAGUUUGUAUUAUUAUUCACAGAAUCAUGCUAUUAAAAAAAUAAUAUUUUUCAGUAAGGAUAAUUUUAUUCAGAUCAUUCAGAUGGCAGCUGUUUUCAAAAAGCAAGUA